AGAUGAUCUAGAUGAUGAUCAGACGAUGAUGUACAUAGCACCUGUCUCAACACAAGAUGAAGAUGUACACUCGCAGUGCACCGAUGCAAGUGCAUGAACUCAGUGGAUUCAUUUGGAACGUUGUACACUUUCACAGGCUUAGGAGUUGCAGGGCUGAAGGCUCUCAGAACGUAAACACACACAACCCGCAUGCGACCACGCGUGCUAUGUACUUCGCGCGCUACAUCUGGAUCUGUGUCAACGUCGUGAGUUCACCCACAGCAACCAGUGACCAUGUCG